UAUCUAUAUUAUUGUUUUGUGAUUCGUGCGUGUCUGGCGUGUAUUUUUAUAAUGAUCACACAAGAAUGUUCAAUUUCCAUCUAAUUUUCGCUGAAAUACAACGGGAUAAUGUUUCAAAACAAUUGAAAAGUGUAAUAAUAGUGUGACAAUUAUUGUCAUUUAAUGAUAUUUUCAUUGAUGUGGUGAUUUUAGUUAUGUGUGUGAAAAGAAAAAUGAAGAAGAUGAAGUGAAUACGUUUUUCGGAGUUCAACGGGCAUUAGUGUGUAUAUAGAAAAAGAGGGAGGAGAAUGUGUCGGUGGAUGAAACUACAAUUUGCUUAAUAGCUAAUAGACUCAAAAUUACUGGUAUGAUUCUGUGAUCCAUUCACGAUGUCCGCGUAUGUGACGAUACUGCCAUAUCUCUUCCUAGGAUUAUUAGGUAUGACUUUAGGACACGACAUCAAGGGUACUUCAUAUUGUGAAUUUUAUAAUGGCACAGCUUGCCCUGAAUCACAGCCAGGAUGCAUCGAAAGAGAAGAGUGCAGUCCAAGCGAACCAGAUAAACGAAAUCAUUGUUACGUUGUCUGGAAAUAUGAUAAAGAGACGAAAAAGUCGACUGCUGUCCUAAAGGGAUGUUUUUUAGAUAAUAGAGAUUGUUACGACAAGCCACAAUGCGUGGAAAAAACGUCAGAUGUAAAAAAGAAAAUGCUUUUCUGCUGCUGCGAUGGCAACAUGUGCAACCAAAAUUUUACUUGGGAUCCACAGCCUACAGAGCCUCCUCCCCCAGUGCAAGAAUACGAGCCGGUAUCGACUUUCGAUGAGCAAGUAAUAAUACUAAUGAUAGCGGUGUCAAUUCCCUCGCUCUUUGUGGUAGCUGGACUGCCUAUUAUGUACUGGUAUUAUCGUCGAAGAAAACUCGGAUAUUUCAAUGAGGUUCCAACUCUGGAACCAUUGCCAUUGCCGCAACCAUCGCCGAGUUUGGGUUUGCGGCCAAUUCAACUUCUUGAAAUUAAGGCACGAGGUCGAUUUGGAGCGGUGUGGAAGGCUCAGCUCAAAAGUGAUGUUGUUGCAGUAAAAGUGUUUCCUGUACAAGACAAACAAUCAUGGCAAACUGAACAAGAAAUUUUUAAACUCGCUCACAUGGAUCACGAGGAUAUUCUUCAUUUUAUUGGCAUUGAAAAACGAGGCGACAAUUUGCAAACUGAAUUUUGGCUCAUUACUUCUUAUCACGAUAAGGGUUCACUUUGCGAUUAUUUAAAAGCGAAUGUCGUCACGUGGCCUGAAAUGUGUAGAAUUGCUGAAUCUAUGGCUCGUGGUUUGAUGCAUCUUCACGAGGAGAUUCCGGCUAAUAAAGCGGACGGAUAUAAACCCGCUGUUGCUCACAGAGAUUUUAAGUCUAAAAACGUUCUUCUCAAGGCUGAUAUGAGCGCGUGCAUAGCAGAUUUUGGAUUAGCGUUAAUAUUUCAUCCUGGAAAACCGUGCGGAGAUACGCAUGGACAGGUUGGCACUCGGAGAUACAUGGCUCCUGAGGUUUUGGAGGGAGCAAUUAAUUUUACUAGGGAUUCAUUUCUUCGAAUUGAUAUGUAUGCGUGUGGCUUGGUCCUUUGGGAAUUAGCCUCUCGUUGUACAGUACAAGAUGGACCAAUUGGAGAAUAUAGGUUACCAUUUGAGGAGGAAGUUGGACUUCAUCCCACUCUUGAAGAUAUGCAGGAAAGUGUUGUGCAUAAAAAAGAAAGGCCUCUUAUUUUAGAAACAUGGCGAAAACAUCCGGGUCUAUUAUCAAUUUGUGACACAAUGGAAGAAUGUUGGGAUCAUGAUGCUGAGGCGCGUCUUUCUGCGUCAUGUGUGAUGGAGAGAGUAGCUACAUUAAGCAGGUUACUUGUCUUAAAUUCAUCAACAUUAAUCAGAGUUGAUAACAACGAUUCAAUCAUCACAAAGGAAUCCAGUAUGUAGUUAAUCCCUGUAUAUUGUAGUUUAGUUGAAUUGCACAACCACGCUUUUUGUGGAUCAUAAUUUUCAAAAAAGGAAAAAAAAAAAGAAAAACAAUAUCAAUGGGGAAAAGUCGAUAUUUUUGGCGAUUGAAAUUACACUUUUUUCUCAAUGAUGAUGAUGAUGAUGAUGAUGAUAAAAAAAAUAUGUGAUAAUGGGUUUUGCUUUUUUUUUUUAAGAGAAAAUUUUGAAAUGUAAUUUUAAUAUUUGAUUUUUGAUCCUGAAUUAUAGAUUAAAUUUUUUUUUUUUAAUUAAUUCUCGCCUUAUAGAUGAAUUGUUAUAAUACUCUAGUGUUCUCGGAGGCCAGAAUAGAAUUUAUCUUCUAUGUUUGAAUAAUUUAAGAAUUUAACAGUUUUAGUCUGUUAACUCUUGCCAUUUGUAAUUUCUUUUUUUUCUUUUCAAUAACAAUCUAUUCAAUUUUGUGACGUUUGUCUUUUUUGAGUGCUAACAUUAGUUUUUUAGAAUUUUUUUUUUUUUUUGUUUUUUACAAAAAAGAAAUUAUUUUCUUUUGAUGGAAAAAAUAAUUUUGUACAUAUAGUUAUAUAUACAUAUAUAUUUAUUUUAAUUCUGAUAAAACUUUCAAAAAUAUUUUAUAUAAUCAAUUUUGCAAGAAAGUUUUACAUCUAAUUUUUUUUUACAUAUUUAUUUUAAUUUUUUUCAUUUUUUUUUUAAUGUUAAUGAUUGUUGAUAAAUUUAUUGAAAUGAAUUUUUGUAUUUUUUAUGGAAAAAUUGUAUAAAAAGAAAUUUUUUUAAUUUUUCAACGAAAUUUGAAUUUUUUUUUUUUUUUUUUCAAUGAAAAAUGAUAAAAUAAAUUAAUUAUCCGUAGCGAGUACGUAAUUAGAAUAAUAUCGAUAAGUUUUGAGAGUGAAUAUAUUAUAUAUAUAAUAUUUAUAAUUUAAUCCGUUGGGAAAUAAUUAAAAUCAUGUUCCCCAUUGAUUGUUAUAAACACGUAUCAUUUGGAGAAGGAAUUUUUUUCUAAUAGAAAAAAGUAAUUCUGGCCAAAGAAAUUUUCUCGUUUUUUUUUUUUUUUUUUUUUUUUUUUUUUCUUUUGAAAAUUUCUGUGUGUAAUGAAAUCGAAGAACCCUGUUACAAAUGUACCUGGUAGAUGCAAUCGCGUUUAGCCGAUUGUAUGCCAUGAGGAAUUUAUCAGAUGAAUGAUGUAAGCAAAUGGAAAUAAAAAAACAAAGAAAUUGAAAGAAAAAAAUGAAAAAAAAAAAUUUUUUUUCUCUUUCUCGCAUCAAUUUCCUAGCUUACAAAAUGAUUCUCUUGAGAUUCCGCAGGCAAAUCAUCUAGAUUUCGCAGAAUUGUUAUUCGUAAACACUGCACAACCAGAGACAAAUGAUAAAGAAAUCUAUUUACCUAAAUUAAUAUAAUAUUAAUAAAUAAUACGUAACAUACGUUUCAAGUAAUCAUUACGCGAGGCCCUAGAUACGUAAUUAUUAAUUUUUUUUUUUUUUAUAUAUGAAGACAAAAGUAACUCGAUUUAACAGAGAGCAAUAAUGUCUCCAAGCCAUGAAUAUAAUGUAAACGCGACUGCCUAACAAAUUUUGUAAAUGUGAAUAAUACGUAAUCUCUCUAGGACUGUUAAAGCGCCGCCGAAUGAAAUUCAUUUUUAUUUUCAUAAACACGGCAUCAACUUUUAUUUUUUUUUUUAUAAAAAAUUUUGUACAGUAGAACCAAAAAAAAAAAAUUGUUUUAAUUGAAAUUUUUUUCAUUUAACAAUUUUCUGCAAAAAUAAAUAAAAAAAAAUAAAGAAGAUUUUUUUUUUUUUCGUUUAAAACCAAAUGUUUUGUUUCACUUUUUAAAAUGUUAAGUAAAUUACAUUUUUUUUUUAGACUGAAAAGUAUGAUUCAAAGACAAAAACAAAAUGCGAAUGUCACCCAGUUUCAAUGAGUCUUCCGGAUUAAAAAAUACGUUUUUUUGUUUUUCUUAAAAAAAAAAAAAUUUCAAUUAGGUAAUUCUUCAAGGAAUGAAAGAGUAAAAAUAGAAUAUACUAUAUAUGAAAUCAAGUGAAAAGAGGGGGGGGAAGUUAAAAAUUGUUACUCUUUUUUAUUAUAAUGAAAUACAAAAAAAUUCGAAACGAAGUUUAAUACAAAUUUUUAACUAUUUAAACUAGAAAAUAUCAUUUUUAAUAAAAAGCACAUUAAAUUAAUAAUAAUUAAAAAUAUUUAAUUGAUUAUUAUUAAAUGAUUAAUUUUUGUGUGAUGCUGGGUUUCGACAGUGCCAAAUAAAGAAAAAAAAAAUAAAAGAGAACAAAAAUACAAAUUAUAAAAACGUCAUACGACAAGCGCUUCUCCAUUUUCUGUAUAUUCAUUAUUAAUACAUAUAAGAAAAUAAUUCAUAAUAUAUAUGAAAAAUCGAGUGUACCUAAUAAUCUUUGAAAUAACGUCACAAAUAAUUGAAUAUAAUUUAAAUAUCGAAUUUUGUGUACACAAAAUUUUUUUAGGGCCCUGACAUAUCGGACAGCAGACAAAUACCAUUAUCACGAAUGUUUUAAUCUUUGACAAGUAGUUUCAUCGCUAUAUCAAUAUAUAUUUAUAAUAAAACUCGAAAUCUAUCGAAUCAACGUUUUUAAUUUGAUGAUUUAUAGAAAAUAAAAAGGAAAAAUUUAAGUUAAAAAAAAAAUUUCUAUUUAAAUUUCGAUAAUUAGUUUUUUUUUUCUAUUAAAAUAAAAUUUAAAAAAAACCAGCUUUCUUAUUGUAAAUAUACUUGAAUUAGGUUAUAUUUGUUAAAAAAAAAUUUAGAAUUUAUUUUUGAAAAUAUAUAUAAAAAUAAAUUAGGAAAAAAUUUUUUUUUUAAAUUAAUUAGAAUAUUUGUGAUAUAUCAUUUGGAAAUAAUAAAGUAAUGUUGAUAUUAGGAAAAAGAAAAAGAAAUAAUUUUUAUAUAAUUGUAAUAUGUAUAAAAAAAGAGAGAGAGAGAAAAAAAAGAAAGUUAAAAUUUUUAGCAUUGAUGGUGUGAUUAUUAUAUUGAUAUCAAUGUCUGUACAAAAAUAUUCAGAAAGCUGUUUAGAAAAAUAAUUGAUCGUUAUAUUGUUGAAAUAAAUAUAUUAUAAUCAAAUUGGCAACGAUGAUUCGAUUUUAUAUUCGAGUGUGCUGUAAAUACAUUUCGCUUUAGCAAUUUUUGCCGAAUAUCGCGCGAGUAAUAAAGAAUGAUGAUUUUCUGAGAUGAGAAGGAAAAAAAAGUGACAUUUUUAGAGAGAGAGAGAGAGAGAGAGAGAGAGAGAGAGAAAGAAAGAGAGGGAAAAAAAAUAAUAAGAGGCGACGUACCCUGAGGACAAAAACAAUCUGUCUGCUUUCUGGUACUGUUGUUGUUACUCUAGAUAUGUAAGUUAUUUUUAAAUGAUUUGUUUGAUAGUUAUUUUUAUGGGGAGUUUCCCAGAAAGAAAGAAAAAAAACUAUAUACAAUUGUAUCUAUUAAGUUUCAAAUUUCAAUUGUACCAUCGGGACAUUUCACUUGAAUUUCAAAAAUUGUCUCGAAAUUUCCUCCUUUCGACUGGCAAAGAAAUUAUAAUUUUUUUUUUUUUUUUUUUUUUUAAAUACAAAUUAAAAUAAUUUAUAAAAGAAAAAAAAGUGUUAAUUGAAAAUAUUCUAUAUAUAAUAAAAAAUAAAAUUUUGUAACAAAAUAUAGAAAAUUUGAGAUUGUAUUUAAUUUUCAAGUGAAAAUGCCCCUCCUGCAUUAUUAUAAGACUUUGAUCGGAUAAUCGAUUGUCCGCACCUAGUCGACUAAUAAAUUGACUGUACAUAUUAAGAUAUACCUGAUCUAGAAACUGUAAGACUAUUGAGACGCAAGAAACUUUGAUUAUUUAUCACCCGAAUUAUUAGAAUUUUUUAGGGUGAAGUCCCUCCGCCCCCUUAAUAUCUCCUCUCCAGUGAUAAACCAACGCAAUAAUUAAAUUAUUGUCCGAUGGAAAUUUCUGUUUAUUAAUAAUAAACAUUUUAUCAUUUUUUUUUUUUUUUUACAAAAUGAAAAUUUCGUUUCUAGAGAGUGUUAUAUUUGAUCUAUUUUUGUAAAAUAAAAUUUCCAUUUCAAUGUUUGAAAAAAUUAUAGAAAAAACAUUUUUUUUUUAAGUAACAUAUAACCUCAAAACUGAAAAAUAGAGAGAUUGAGUUACAAUUAUUUGUUUUUGAAUUUUGUAUAUUCAAUUUUAAAAAAGUGUCAAUUAAAAAAAAAAAAUACAAGAAAAUUUUUUAGAUAUAUUUAUAUUUCUUGUGUUUUAAAAGAUCGAAUGUACUCUUGAAAAAAAAAAUGCUUUGGAUCUCACUUUGUGCUUUUGAAUUAAUUUCAUCGCGAUUAAGAUAAUAACAAAUAUAUGUGCCAUUAAAUGAGUUUUUUUUAAUGAAUUUUUGGAGUAACCUUUCCAAAUUAAAUGAAACAUUUUUUUUCAAUUUAUUAACCUUUAAACUGAUUUAGCGGUCUGACAGACCGCUAUUAAAACUUUCAUCGCUUAUAACUUUUUUUUAAAGCGUUCUAAAUUAUGUAAAAAUAAAAAAAUUAAAACGAAACAAUAUAGAAAUUGACUUUUUAAUCAUAAAAAAUAAAAAAUAUAUACAACAAUUGACUUUACAAAAUUUAAAAUCAAUAAAAUAACAUAAAAAAGGAAUAGCGGUCUGACAGACCGGUGAAAUCAGUUAGUGUGAUUUUUCGGCACGUAUCAGUUUAAAGGUUAAUAUAAAGGUCAAAAAUAAUCACUUUUUAAGUAAAAACAAUUGUUUAUUUAAAAAAUACAACAAUAAUGAAAAAAAUUAACUUUUUUUCUGCACCUCCAAAUAAAUUGGUUUAAAGAUCAAAAUUUUCUUUAUUUUUUAAGCUUUAAUACCGCACAAGAAAAAUGAGGUGAUUCAAAAUAGUUAAUUAACAAUUUAUUAAACAAUGUUUUCUUUUUUGUAUUUUAUUUACUAUUGAGCAGAAGCUCAUGCGUUGUAGAAAACAUAUUGUGUGAAAAGUGAGGUUAUGUUGUCAUUGAACGAAACUUAAACAGGUUAAGGCAUGAGCAGAAUAGGAACGUAACCGGAAUCGUAAUCGCAAACGCAACCGGAAGAAUGAGUUAGAGAAGGACAGACAUAUUGUUUGUCCUUCUCUAACACAUUUUUCCGGUUGCGUUUACGAUUACGAUUCCGGUUACCUUUCUAUUCUGCUCAUGCCUUUAUCACAUUGAAUGGUUUUUAACAUGGAGUAGUAUAAGGAGACCGAACGACCAUGUUGAAUCUGCGUUAAAAGUGGACCAAAUUUUGGUAACCGUUUAGAUGCCGUUUAGUGUCAUGAAACUACGUAAUGGAACACUAGCGCUACUGAUUGUGUUAAACUCAGCUGGACAGUCUGCCAUUGUAAAAGUUAUAAAAAUAAGUAUCACUGUAAAAAAAAUUUCUGUAAAAUCACAGGCUGCGUAUGCGAGGAAAAAAACCUAUGCCGUAUGUGUCACUUUUACAUGCUAUAGUAACUUGACAUUGAGGUUAUGUGAAUUCACAAGCGAUUGUAAAAUUACAAAGAGGGGUAAAUUUUAAAAACUCUCUAUCUGAAUGUAAUGUGAUUAAACUGCCGCGUAAACUCAACUAAUUGUAAAUCGAGUCACUUUGGUAACAAGCGUUAUACAAAAUAAAUUAAUAUAAAUUAUAGUAUAGUUAUAAGUGUUAACGAAAUCAUUUAUAAAAGAUUCCAGUAUUCCAAUAUUAAAGAAAUUUAAUGAUAAAUGUAUUUUUCUAAGGGCAUAUGUAAAUUUAUACACAUGAAAAAUUGCUUUUUUGAGUAAAUUCACAAAAAACCUGAUAUUUACAUUUUCAAAAUGUAAAUUGUACAAAAAAUGUAAUUUUACACCCGUCUGUAAAAUGAAAUACAUACUGUAUGCGAGGAAAAAAAAUCAUAGCCCAGCAGAGUGAAUUUACAAUCGGGUUGAAAUUUCACAGUGCUAUGUAAAAUCGCUCUUCAUAAUACUGUGAAUUUACAGAAUCUUGUGUUUCUAACCUCAAAAUGAUAAAUAUUGUCAUGUUGAGUGCAGUGAAAUUACAUAAUCAUGUAAAAUAAUUUUUACAGAAUCGUGUAAUUAUACUGUUCGAACAUUUAAAUUCAGAACUAUUUUUUACAGUGAUUUUUGGAUUAUGUUCAACGUACUUCUAAUUUUUCCCACUGUUUACAUAUACUUCCCUCGAGAGCGCUUGUGUUUCUUUACGUAUUUUCAUGACACUAAGCGGUUACCAAAAUUUGGUCCACUUUCAAUGUACGUCGUUCGGUCUCCUUAUACUACACUCCAUGGUUUUUAAUUACCUACUUUGCAGUAAAAAAUCAUAAAAAAUAUUUUUGAAGGAUGAAAAAUCUCAGGGCGCACUCACACCUUUUGGCUGCCUGCCUGCCUGCAGGAGUUGUCAUGGCAACGUGAAGGAGUAACAGAGAUAUUAAAUUCAAAUUUGAAUUUUCUCUCUCUGUUACUUCUACACGUUGCCAUGACAACUCCUGCAGGCAGGCAGGCAGCCAAAAGGUGUGAGUGCGCCCUCAUUUUUCACACAUGUUUUUUUAAUACUACGCUAGUGUAAUCAGCUUCUGCUCAAUAACGAGAGCGACAACUUCCGAACGUCGCGCGCAACUAUAGCAGACGUUUCAUAAUAAAUAAAAUACAAAAAAAGAAAACAAACAUUGUUUAAUAAAUUGUGAGUUAACUAUUUCGAAUCUCCUCAUUUUUCUUGUGCUAUAUUAAAGCUUGAAAAAUAAGGAAAAUUUUAAUCUUUAAACCAAUUUAUUUGGUGGUGCAGAAAAAAAGUCAAUUUUUAUUUCAUUAAUUUUAUUGUUGUAUUUUUUAAAUAAACAAUUGUUUUUACUUAAAAAGUGAUUAUUUUGGACCUUUAUAUUAAUAAAUAUUAUUAAAAAAAAUGUUUCAUUUAAUUUGGAAAGGUUAUACUCCGAAAAGUGAUUAAAAAAAACUCAUGGAAUGACACAUAUACGUUAAUUUUUGUUAUUAACAAAGAAAAAAUUUUUUUUUAAAUUUUGAAUAAAAAAUAUUUAAAAAAUGAAAUUGAUUUCAAUACGUAAAAUACGAAAAAACAAUGAUUUUUAUAAAGAAGUAAUUUUUUCACGUUAUGAUAAAAUGUAAAUUAAAAAUAUAUUCUGAAAAUUUCCUGAAGAUAGAAUAUUAACCCAUAUAGUGUGCACAUUUAUUAAAUCACGUUUGCAGAUUAUUUAUAGAUAAUUAUUUAUAUAAGCUUGGACUUCUUCGAAGAUUUUUUGGAAAAUAUACAUAUAUUUAAUAUCUAUAGAUUUUAUCUAAUCGGAUGCAUACAAUUUUUUUUUCUAAAAAAAAAUGAAUUUCUCCUUUUUAGCGCUAUAUAUAUGAUUGUAUUUUAGUGCAAAAACAAAGUAGAAUAAGCGGAUAUCGUUGCAUCUGUAUCACGACUCUCAAUUUCACAAGAAAGGGACGAAUAAUCGUAAAAUAAUGAUAAAAAUAAUAAUAAUAAUAAUAAUUUAAUAAUAAAUUAAAACAAAUUAACAUAAGAAAUAAUUAACUUAUGUGAAUCACAUGUGUAUGAGAGAGAGAGAUACCUUCACAUAUAUAUCUGUGCAUUAUUCGCCUACAUCGUGUAAGCACAAUAUAAUCAUUGUAUUAUUACAUUGUAAUAUUUUUUGCAUUAAAGAUUUUUUAAAACUA